CCCACAAAAAGUCGUUUUUAAUUGACGUAUAACUGUGUGAGGAUAUCUUUAUAUUAAUUGGCACACAGUAAACUAGGCAAGAAUAAUGGGAAACUCGUUAAAAUCCGCACCAAAAGAACAAAAUCAUGCCAGUUAUCGAAAGUUUCAUCUUGAAAAUCUCGAAUACAAUCCUUCAAGCUCUCAGACGCCAUCACCAUAUCUACUUUCAAGUGGUGCGUAUCUAUCUUCUACGGAUAGAUCACGAGAAGAUUUACAACAAAAUUUCGAUGAAAUCUAUAAAUUGGAUAAUCCCGGCACGGUUGAGGAUAUUCACAAGGAGUGCAAGGAUGUGAUGCCUGUUUUCUUUGAAGGUGCCCGCGUGAUUUUCACAAGAUGUUUGAGUAAUCACUUUCAAAUCUCACAUACGCUACGAUUGCUUUCGGAACGUGGAUCGAGUUGUUAUCGUUUUGGUGCAACAUAUGUGGGCGGAAAGGGAACCAGCAUACAGGAUUCAUAUCCAAUAUUUCUGGGUGAAAUUGAAAAGUCCGGUAAUAUGCAGGCGAACAUCUUGCAUGGUAUCAACAACAAAAUUCGGGUGAAGACCGGCGUCGAAUACUCCGGGAGCCAUGUCAUAAAUUGCCAAAUUGUGACGGAUUACAUAGGUGAAGCAUUCUCUGCCUCCCUCGGUCUAUCUAACAUUAAUUUAAAAAACUCAUCGGGAAUUGUCGUUUGCCAAUACUUACAAUCAUUAACCAGAAACCUGGCCCUUGGCGGGGAAUUAGGCUACCAGUACAAUCCAUUCUUACCGUCUGGAUAUUUAACCAUAUUUAACUUGGCAUCGCGCUACAAAAGUGAUUCGAGCAUUGUGUCGGCCAUUAUUGGUGGAAGUGGACUUCAUAUAUCGUAUUUUAAACAGGCAAGCCAUCAGCUCAAGAUUGGCGUAGAAUUCAGCAGUAACUUCGAGGUUCGCGGGACAUGCACUGCAAUUGGCUAUCAGAUUGAUUUGCCGAAAGCCGACUUAGUUUUUCGGGGAACUGUUGAUACGAAUUGCAAUGUAUGUUCGGUGUUAGAGAAGCGUCUGAAACCGAUGCCAUUUUCGUUUUCGCUAAGCGGAUUAUUGAAUCAGAAGACUGGACAAUUUAAGAUGGGUUGCGGUUUCAUUAUUGGUUAAGUGUGUAGUCAGUCACGUGAAAUUGUAGAUAUGUACUUUCAUUUGCAUAAAAAUAUAUUUUGUGCUGCUAAUUUUAAAA